GUUAUCACUGACUUGAAGAUGUUGUGCAGCUGUCUUCCAGUUCAGCCUGCAGUAUUCAAAUAUUUGAAAGAUGUCUUUGAAAUGCAAGCAGGGCAUCCACUCAGAAUACAGCCAGUUUGCACUGCUUCCCUGUACUUGGUACAAGAGACUUGCAGAGAGCAUAGCAGCAUGAGAGCUGCGAUAGACUGCCUCAUAUAUGUGGAAUGAAGAGCAGAAACGUGCUUUAAUUAUCCUUGGAGGGAGAAAUGGGUGUGUGUGAUACUUAAUCUCCAUUUGGCUGGAGAGAAUGGAGCGGGACAUUUAAAUGCACUAUGUGAAUGCCUGCAGGAUGUGGGAUUGUUUUUCUGUGGUUUGCUUACAUAAACAAACGAGGUGCCGGAACUAUUUUUUUAUGCAGAUCCACAGUGUGAGAUCUGGCACUGGAGAACCCACACAGUUCCAUGGAUUCAUGAAGUUCAAAAUGGAAAGGCUGGUAUUUGCUGGAGGUGAUGCUUUCUUCACUUUGAACCAAGCAAUGCUUUCACCCACAUCACUGGAUCCUUGAAUGCCAGACAGUUCCAAAACAAAACUUGUUUUAGUCAAUGUUUAAGAGGGUAGCACUUAGAGUUUUAGCAGUACUUUGUCUUCAGUUUCAGUUGUACAUUCAGGUGAGUAUGAAGUUAAGGUGGAGUUCUGCUACCUGUGUCCACACUGAAUGGUAUAUCUGGAAAAUACUUCUGGUAGUUGUGGAAUGUUUUCUUGAUGGAGAGGUGUAGUCUGUGCUGGUCAGGGCCAUUUUCCUGAGUAUAGAUGCUUGCAUGUGUCAGCAGCUGCUGUGCAGCAUGCUAGGUCCUGAAUUGAAGAAUAGGAUUUUUGUUGGUUUGGGGUUUCUUUACAGAACGUGUGCUUUUGGUUCCUUGGUUUCACUUCCAGUGCUCACUGAUUCUUACACACAUUACUGCUGCUGGAUUGUUAACAGUCUGAUGUGGAAUCCAUGAACUCUUGGUCAGAACCAGCCAUUUUAAUAUCCUUGGGGUGCAGUUCAGUACUGGAGAGUGAACUUUUCUGUGUAGACUGGGGAUUUUUGAUACGAACUGAGCUCUUCCAGCAGGAAAUUAUUUCACAGGAGCACAACCUCAGUAGGUUUCAUCAUGGAACACCUGCCACUAAUUUGAUACUUAAGAAAAAGCAAAUUGUUUGCAGGAAGGCCUGUCUUGAUGCACUGAGAGAGGGAAAAGGAGUAAAUUUAUAUGGAGUACCAUAUAUAUAUGUUUGUGAUACUGUGUAAUUCCUGCAGGUGGUGAAGGUGAGGCACUGUGAAAAACUGUACAUCUUGUACAGUAUGGCAGUAGCUGUGCUCAUGUAGUUACAGCUGUUGCCUGAAGGCCUCUUCCAAUAAAUCCUUUAGCCUUCCACAAGAGGAAGUGCUUUGUGCUCAACAGGCCAAAGCCUGCUCCUCAGAUUCCCUCCCAUUCAGUGGAUGUAAAUUGUUCUCAGAGACGGCCCUGGCAAAGGCAGAGGUAGGUUGUGGGGUGCUGUCUUGUUGGUAACCCAAAGGAUGGAUGUGAUGGUGAUAUAGUGUAAUGCCAUUUUAUUUUUUUAACUUCUCCUUGGCUUCCUGUUGGGCUGGCUGGCUGUGCUCUUUAUUGCAGAUCUCCCACUUCAGGGAUGUUUCAGUAACACAAGGUCGCUCUUGAAUAACAACCAUUCAAACUUCAACAGUCUGCCAUGAUUUAAUACCGUGGUGAACCUCUCCAGCUCAUGUACAAGGGAAAGAGCAAGGUCUGGAUCUCUUGCUGGGAAAGGUUUUGAAGAGUAGGCUGGAAAAGAAAAUCCUUUGGAAGUUGUCAUCCUCUAGGACAGAAAUGGGGCAGAUGAAUGCCAUAAAGGGGAGAGUGUAAACUGAACUUCUUCCUGGAGAGAGAGCAGACCUGGAGUUUGUUUUUCUGUGGAUUGUAUGUAGUGUUUGACCCUCUGUGGGGGAAGCAUCCAGAAGAGUCAGUGCUGCAUGCUUUUGUUCUUGCAGCCAUGAUAGCAGCAGGAAUUGGUGGAUAAUUGUUUUCAUUAAAAACAGUGGGAGAAGCCAGCCUUGCUGAUCAGCCGUGGGGGACAGGGGCUGGGUGCCUCCUUCCCCUGAAACCUACCCCUGAAAUGUUACAUGAGCCAAGCAGUAGCUAAUUGCAGCGUUUAUAAUGACAUUAACCUUUAAUCACAUAGUCCAUUAGUGGACUAAGAGUACUAAAAAAGUAACAAAACCCCCACCAAACCCUGUCACGGUGUCCUGUGCAAUUACAUUUUGCCACCCCCAGGACUUCAGGCUGAUGGCAGAAACUUCAGACGUGCUCAUGGUAAAAGAUACUGUGUCAGAAACUUGUUCCCCUAGACCUUCUCUCUCUUGACAGCUGCCCUCCAGGUCAAGGGAGGAUUUUCUUAGUGCUGAGUGAAAGGUAGCUUUAAAGGUCAGAUUAUCCAUCAGUCUUGUGGGAGCUGCUGAGGUGUCUGCCUUUUUUACAUACCUGUAAAUCUGGCCCUGAUUCUGUAAAUAAUGAGGUUCUAUUUAAAGUGCAUUAUGUCAGACCAGUUGCAGUGGCAACAAACCUUUUAAUGAAAAAGAAUAAAGCAAGAGAACUUUUUAACAAUAAAUGUCUUCCUACACUUAGCACAUUAGGGUGCAUAAUCACCCCUCUGCAUGGUUUUCAGCAUAAUAUGUGUGGUAUGGAGGAACUGGCAAGCUACUUGGCAUUUGUAGAGCAUCAAACAGUAGAUGACUAAGUCAGUCAGUGCAUCUAAAUAAUUAUAUAUAAGAAAUACUUGUGAAAAUUAACCCCUCCAUCUUAUAGAAAUAACCAUGGCAAUCUGUGUGGAGAUAGCAGCUAUUACUGCCCACAUACAGAUUGGUUUUGUUUCCCUACCUAACCCCGAGGUAAACAGAGUAACUGGCACAGAAUAUGAAGUGUUUUCUAUACUACUUAAUGCCUUUCAGUGGAUUCUGCUAACACAGUUGCACUGGCUAGUUACUCCUGCUAAACUGUAAAAUAGCUCAGGAGGGAACCAUUUAAGAAUUCCUUGAGAGCAAGCCAGAUGCAUAAUGCCUGCAUACAUAAAACAUAUUUUAAAAGGAAAAAGUUAAAGCUCAGUGGGAAUUGUUGGUGAUCUGCCUUCCUAAGAUGAAGUUUAUGUUAUUCCUUUAUCAAAUAAUUUUAAGGCAAGCAACUCCUCAGGAUGAGGAGAGAGAAAAAAAUAGGUCUGCAGUAACAACAAAAUACCUGUGUGGUUUUAUUUUUAGUCUGUGAGGAAAAUCAUACAGGAGACAAUACCAGAUUCUUGCAUUUGUUCUCCUAGGUCUAUGGUAGUUGAUCAUCCAGAUCUAAUUUAACCUGUAUGUUUUCUCCAAGCUUCCUAGAGGAAUUUUUGGGUUUUAAGGCCCAUGUGUCUACCCUAAGUGUACCUGUGUUCCGCUGGUACCUGCUUGCGCUUCAGCUCUUCUCACAGAGCAAUGCGGAGCUGGUGUGAGACGUGAGUGCAGUGUGGCUGUGAGCCCGCUCUACAGGCUGUGUGUUCACCAGCACUGCCACUUGGUCAUUUCCAGCAUGGCUUAUGCUGUGUUUCAACCUCCCAGUGAUUGUGUCACUGGAUCUUUGCGUGCCCUGCUGCCAGCGGAGAUGGCGCACAUGGAUUCGUCUGGUUUCAUCUAUCCAUGGCCUCCUGCCCUCCUGCGUGCUGCAUUUAUCUACCAGAGCAUUAUAAUCCUCCUCUUUUCACCCAGACGCUUGGCAAUUAAGACACGAUCUGCCCUACUUAAGAGCUAUCCUGUCCUGCCCUGGGGCUGGCUGUGGGCGUAGCAAUCCACUCCACAUACCCAGCAGUGAGUCGCUGGAUCGGUGCUGUGGCCAUUCUCCAGGACAAGACCUGUCAAGUAAAACAGUUGAGGUGGAAGCUAGGAGCUUACCAAUGGAGCUGAGUGAGAAGGCAGGUGUGGAGAAUAAUGGAUUUGUCCAACAUGAGGCUUUUGAGGGCAAGGAGACAGACAGCAUUAGCCAAGAAGAAGCGCCAAAAACAUGCAGCGUUGAUGUGGACCCAGUCGCUGUGGAGGAGACAGUGUUGAAGCCUUAUGCUGGGAUGCCAAAGGAAGUCUUGCUGCAGUUCUCCAGCCAAGCCCGCUACAGAGUCACCAGGGAGAUCCUCUUCUGGCUCAUAAUUGCUGGUUCCAUUGCGCUUGUGUGUGCUACGAUUGCCAUCAUCGCUCUCUCUCCAAAGUGCCUGGACUGGUGGCAGGCUGGUCCUAUUUAUCAGAUCUAUCCUCGUUCCUUCAAGGACAGCAACAAGGAUGGCAAUGGGGAUCUGAAAGGUAUCCAAGAAAAACUGGACCAUAUUACAUAUUUGAAUAUAAAAACCGUCUGGAUCACCUCUUUCUUUAAGUCCCCUUUAAAGGACCUUGGAUAUGGAGCCGAAGACUUUUAUGACAUUGAUCCCAUGUUUGGAUCAAUGAGUGAUUUUGAGAAUCUGAUUGCAGCCAUACAUGACAAAGGGCUAAAGGUGAUAAUGGAUUUAAUACCAAACCACACAAGCGACAAACACCAGUGGUUUCAGCUGAGCCGCAAUCGGACUGGGAAGUACACGGAUUACUACAUCUGGCAGGACUGCAUGCAGGCUGCUGGCUCAGUCAUCCCUCCCAACAACUGGGUGAGUGUCUUUGGGAAUUCCAGCUGGCACUUUGACGACGUCAGACAGCAAUGUUAUUUCCAUCAGUUUGGGAAGGAACAGCCAGACUUAAAUUUUCGCAACCCUGCUGUCCAACAAGAAAUCCAUGAUAUUAUAAAAUUUUGGCUUGGCAAAGGAGUUGAUGGAUUAAGUUUCGGCACUGUUAAAUUUCUCUUAGAAGCAAAACAUCUCCGAGAUGAGCCUCUAGUGAACAAGUCUCAGAAUGUGGAGAGUAUCACAGACUAUUCCCAGCUCUACCAUGACUACACCACCACACAAGUUGGUUUGCAUGACAUCAUCCGCAGCUUCCGUCACACCAUGAAUGAAUACAGCAGAGAGCCUGGCAGAUACAGAUUUAUGGGUUCUGAUGAUAAUGAAAAGGAUGACAUUGAAGCAACAAUGAUGUAUUAUGGAACGACUUUUAUCCAGGAAGCAGAUUUUCCCUUCAAUUUCAACCUAAUUAACCUGAAGAAUCUAUCGGGCAACAGUAUUUUUGAAGCCGUCGACUCAUGGAUGAAAAACAUGCCUGAAGGGAAAUGGCCAAACUGGGCAGUUGGAAGCCCUAAUGCUGCUCGGAUUUCAUCUCGGAUUGGGAAGGAGUACAUCAAUGUCAUGAACAUGCUGCUUUUAACCCUCCUUGGUACUCCUGUAACUUACUAUGGUGAAGAAAUAGGCAUGGAGAACAUUGCAUCAGAAGAUGCAACCCUCCCAGAGAAAUCCCCCAUGCAAUGGGAUGGAGAAGUUAAUGCUGGUUUUACUGACGGCAACAGCAGCUGGUUACCUGUUAACUCUGACUACCAAAGUGUAAAUGUACAAAUCCAGAGCACCCAGUCCAACUCCACCCUGAGUUUGUACAGAGCGCUGACCUUGCUGCGGAACAGUGAGCUGCCCAUGAACCGAGGGUGGAUGUGCUACAUCUGGAGUGACAGUAACGUGUUUGUGUAUGUGAGGGAGCUGGAUGGGUUAGACAAAGUCUUCAUGAUGGUGCUCAACUUCGGCCAGGAGUCAACAACAGACCUGCAGGCCAUAGUUCCUAACCUUCCCUCUGAAGCUGUAGUAAGACUCAGUACUCAUUUUAGGAAUGCUGGUAAAGUGGUCAAUACCAAACUAAUUACAACUGAAAUGGGAGAAGGCCUGGUCCUUGAAUAUAAAACAGCAAAGCCUGUUCAUACAAUGGAAGCUUUUCAAGGGAAGUGUUUUGUGGCAGAAAAAGCUUGUUAUUCCAAGGCCCUCAAUUUACUCUAUAUGAACUGUUAAGUU